AUGACCCCUCGAAUCACCAGCUGGGACGAGCUAGCAUUUUUCCAAGAGGAAGUGGACUCUGACUCCAAUGCACUCCGGUACACCUCAUUUGGCAUUUUAGACGAGAAUGAAACUCUCUUCUACGGCCAGCUGCCUGUCCGCAAGGCGGAAAUCUCGCUCGACCAGCUCAUGCAUGCACUGAAUGCUGUUCCAGACGAUACCAUAUUCUCCGCAUGGCCACAGCCAGAAACAAAACUUUGCGAGGCACCGGAACCAUUGCCUCCGAAUGUCUUUAUCAAACGUGCAUCCCUAGAAGUGUACGAGAUGCUUCGGCAGCUAGGUAUUGAGAAGCAGCUGUGCACGUCGCUCAUAGAAGGGCCAUUGCAGCAUCCUCAUCCAAACCUGGUCGGCUACCACGGCUGUCGGAUCGUGCGCGGUCACAUCACCGGCCUCGUUCUCGACAAACAUCCACACGAUCUACAUACUUGCAUAAAAAAUGGAUCCAAGUCAAUCGAUACGACCCAAUUCAUGGACGCCCUCGAGUCCGUAGUCCAGCACUUACACAACCUGGGCUGGGCGCACAACGAUCUCACCCCGGCGAAUAUCUUGGUUAGCGAAUCCGGCACGCCGGUUCUGAUCGACUUUGGCGGGUGUCAAAAGUUUGGCACGAAACUAAAGUAUAUUCGGGGAACGAAGGAGUGGAUUGAGGGAGACAUUGAAGAUUACACCACGUCGGAGGCGCAGCAUGAUAUCUUUGCGCUUGGGAAGAUUCGAUCUUGGCUGGAUAAUCCGGGGUCGGAGUAA